AGGUGCCGCCUUUGGCUCAAACGGAUUCAUGCCCAGAGCCUCCCCCAUCUGUCGCCGCUUCGUGCGGCGCGUCGACCGUUCGGCCGAGAUGGUGCGGCGCUUCGUGCGCUCGCACCGACGAUUAGGUGACCAAGACAUGAGGAGCGAACUUCCAGAGGAGGAUGACUUUGUCCUGGUGGACCUGUCCUGGAACUUCUUUGGUCAUGAGGGGCUCUCAUUGAUUACCAGCUUCUGCCAGCGACAGUGGAAGCUGCAAAUCCUGAAGCUUCACCACUGUCACAUCAAGGAUGACUGUGCUGAGGUGCUCGGAGGCCUUUUGAUGAAGAACCCCCUUCUUGAUGAGUUGCAUUUGUCUCACAACUCCAUUGCAGCCAGUGGUGCCCUCUAUCUCGUGCGAGCAGUGGAACGGGGCCGUGCGUUGCACCAGAGUCCCUUGUGGCUGCGCUUGGAACAUAACCGUAUUGAAGGCGCCGAAGAUCUCCUUUAUGACCUGCAGCAGCAGGGCAGCGUGUGUGGCUUCCAUCCGAGAAGAUGCAACGCUCGGAGCUGUGGUGAGAACCGCAAGAUCCACCUCCCAUACUUCACGCACCAAGACGGCCAAAGCGCCCGCCCGACCUCGCCCGACCGGUCUGAUGUCUCAGACGCCUCGUCCUACGAGCGUGAUCCCUGGUGGGGCCAAAGGAUCGACGACCUCCCGCGGACGCCGCGCCGCACGGACGCCGCGCGGAACCGCAGCCGUUCGGCCGCGGCGCGCUCGUCUUACCGGCGCGCGGAGGCGGAAGGCGGCGGCGGGGUGCGGCCGUGCCUCAGUGUUCGCGAGCUCUUGGCCUGGGAGGAGGAAUUGAUGGCCCGACAGCGUCAGCUGGAUGAGAUGGAGAGGAGGGCCUUGGCACGGCAGGAAGCGACCCAAGCAAGGAGCUUGCAUCGCAGGUGAAAAGAGCUGAGGUUUGGGGUGGGAGAGAGUCAUGAUGAGUCAU